CGAUAGUGAGAAAACAGAAGGAAAAAAGAAACACGUGGAGUGAUAUGAUGAGUUGAAACGGUGUCGCGAGGACGAAGGAUCUUGGACUUUAUGAGGUGACGAUGUGGACGAUUUUAUUUCUCGCAUUCUCCACGUGGUCUUCGUCAUGGGGUCAGGUGAUAAACAGAGCACCGCAUUUCGUGCAAGGCGGGGACAUGGCCAGGUUGGCCGUGUCAGAGGGUACGCCGCCAGGUGCACCUGUUUACACGCUUCAAGGAGAAGAUCCAGAGGGCUCUAGGUUGCACUACUCCAUCAGCGGAGAGUACUUCACCGUGAAUCGGGAUAGCGGUGUCGUCGUGCUGAGAAAGGCGCUGGAUAGGGAGACGCAAGACCUGAUCGAAGUGAUCAUCAGCAUAACGGACGAAGGUAUCGCGGGAUCGGAGCCCAACACCGUGUCCCUUCGUCGCGAGAUAGCCGUGCUGGAUGAAAACGAUAAUCCGCCGGUGUAUCUUGGCAGGCCAUACGCUGCAAGGGUGCCGGAAAGCGCACACGUGGGUGGCCUGUUAGUUCCUCCUGGCACGAUCGUAAUCACCGAUCGCGACGGUGGCGUAAACGCGGAUGUUCACGUGGAAUGUGUUCCUGCGUCGCGGGACGACGAUGUUUGCGAUGUUUUCAGCGUAUCCACGGACAAGUUGGCAGAGGGGAAAUACGACGUGCAGAUAACACUCAUGAAACCGCUGGACUACGAAAGAAGAAAUUCAUAUUUGAUCAAUCUAGUGGCGGUGGACGGUGCCAGCGAAGUGACGAAGAGAUUACAGGCUAGAGCAACCGUAGCUGUCGACGUUCUCGACGUCCAAGAUCAGCCACCCGUGUUUCUGAACGCGCCGUACAGCGCCGCGCUUCCCGAGAACACGGCGCCUAAUCACGUGAUCCUGACAGUGAGAGCACGCGACGGCGACACGGGAGAGCCGAGAGCUUUGCUUCUGACUCUGGAGGACGACGACGAGGGUCACUUCGACCUCGAGAUGUCGCGCGAGGGCGACGUGACGCUUGGAAAAAUUGUCACCACCAACGUUUCCCUCGACAGAGAGGACCCCAGAAUACUUCAGAACGGAGGGAUUUACACCUUUCACGUAAAGGCGACGGAGCUCAUCAACAACGAGAUUCCGGCAGACACGGCGACCUCCAUCGUGACCAUCGUUGUCACGGAUGUCGAUGACCUCGUGCCCGUUUUCAACGAGAAAUACUUUAGCAUUAAGAUUUCGGAAGACAUUGGGAGGGACACACCCUUGCCAGGGCUCAACAUGAUCGUAAGCGACGGCGACGUUGGCGAGAAUGCAAAGUACACGUUGGCUCUGAGAGACGUGCCGGAGUAUCCUGGUAUUAGCAAAGCCUUUACCGUGAGCCCCGAGGAGGCUCAAGGUCGAGUGCCAAUCGUGGUCAAAGCUACGAACGUCAGCGUGUUGGACUACGACGUGGAUGACCCAGCGAAGAGGGAGCUCGACUUCGAAGUUAUCGCGCUCGUUGCGAACGAAGUGGUAGCCACUAGCAGGGUUCACAUACAACUGAUGGACGCGAACGACCACAGUCCGGAGUUCUCUCAGUCGGUGUACAAACUCUCGGUGCCCGAGGACGCAGAAACAGGGACUCUGUUCGCUGACGUUUUCGCCAAAGAUUACGACAGUGGUUCGUUCGGUGAACUGACCUACACGUUGCGUGGUUUUGGGGCCGAUAAGUUCAAAACCAACUCGAAAACUGGCGGAAUCACGGUCGCGAAAGCUUUGGAUUACGAAGCGCAGAAGUCGUACUCGCUGACGAUGGAGGCAAAGGACGGUGGCGGAAGAGUGUCGGCUGUAAACAUCUUGAUAGAGCUGGAGGAUGUUAACGACAAUGCACCAGUGUUCGAGCAGAACGAAUACACGAGGACGGUGCGGGAGGGUGCGACCAGUUUCGAUCCGCAGAUGUUCGUCAGAGCCACGGACGUUGAUGGUCCUAUGCAGGGGAAUGGCAAAGUGACGUACUCGAUAAAUUCGCACAACAGUAUGACGAACGGUGUUUUCAAGAUAAACACAGACACCGGAGAGGUAAUAAUGGCGACGCCAGUGCGUUCAGGGGACACCGAAAGGGGGAUUUACGAGCUGGUAAUUCGAGCUACGGACGCUGGUACGCCGCCAUUGUACGCCGAGGCGAAACUCCUCGUCAGAGUGGGGGUGCCUGGCAACCAAAAACCUAUUUUCCGCGGAAACUAUAAGUCUAAUCUGCCGGGUCCCAGCACCUAUCGAGCCAGACUGCUGGAGAACGCUUCGCCAGGAACGGAAGUCAUCAGAGUCAUGGCCAACGAUCCCGACGGAAGGGACAACUUGUUGCAGUACCACAUUGCUUCUGGUGCUAAAGACAAUUUUGUCAUAGACUCUAGUUCUGGUAUCAUCACGGUCUCCCCGGAUGCUCGUUUAGAUCUAGAAACCGGCGGUGAUAAAUACGAAGUGAUAGUUUACGCCAUCGAUUCAGGCACACCUGUCAAGGAAACCGCUACCACUACCGUCAUAGUGAACAUGAUCGACGUAAAUAAUAAACCACCGGUGUUCAACGAGUCAACGUAUCUGGUUUACGUGUCGGAGAGAGCUGCAAUUGGCGAGCCUGUGCUAAAAGUAGUAGCAACUGACCCAGACUCGGAUGCUUACUUGGAGUACUCUUUGGUGGAACCCAUAAGGGCUGUCGACAAAACUGGCGUAGCUUUCAAGACUGCAACACCCUACGAUUACAAAUCAGCGUUUCGCAUAAACUCUACCUCUGGAUUAAUAACGGUGAACCGCGUGUUGGAUUACCAAGUGGCUGCGGUGAUAAUCCUUACGGUUCAAGUCCAGGAUCUAAACGCUGUCGUGGACAAAGAGAAACAAAUUACAAAGGUCGAGGUGACCGUGUACAUUCAAGCUUACAGCGACGACAAUCCGACGUUCACGAAUCCUGGAUGGUCACCCAACAAUCCGACAAUCCGGAUCACCGUGCCGGAGGAACAACCUCUUGGAACAACUUUGCUGAUGUUAUCAGCCAAAGAACCUACCACCGGAUAUCUGGUGCAAAGAUUCGAACUGGUGAGGGAGGACGACGACGAGGGAUACGUUAACGUCGGUGUUCAAAGCGGGAACGUUGUCUUGAGCAAGAGAUUGGACUACGAAGCCCUGAAUCAAAAGUUUAUUCGUUUCAAAGUGAGAGCUCUGGCCAGGGACUACGAAAUAACGCGAAAGAUGUCCGAAGCGAACGUGAUCGUCGAAGUCCAGGACACCAACGACAACAGUCCAACCUUCACUCAAAAGGAUUACAAAAUUUCGGUAUUGGAAUCAGAGAAACCUUUAAAAGUUGUCUUGAACGUCAAAGCCACGGAUAUGGAUAGUUCCAACACGGAGCAAGAGGUUAAAAGAGGAUACGGCGAAGUGAGAUAUUCCCUGACCGGUGAAAACGCCAAUAUGUUCGAGGUGGAACCGAUAACAGGAAAUAUCCAGAUUGCUACCAACACGACGCUCGACAGAGAGAAACAGUCGGUUCUACGUUUUUACGUGGUUGCAUCGGACAUGCCUCAGGGUGGUGCAGAACAGAGAAGCACUAGAGCUUUGGUGACAGUCGAUGUCCUAGACGUUAACGACAACUCUCCAACCUUCGAGCAAGAAUCCUACACAGCCGUGAUACCAGAAAAUGCUGUAGCAGGCGUCAGUAUAGUGAACAUCACUGCCACGGAUCCAGACGAAGGAGAGGGAGGAACGAUUCACUUCGAAAUCAUCGACGAAGGUGAAGCAAACGGGUUGUUCAACAUAAACCACACAACCGGAGAGAUUUAUUCCGCUCGAGCUCUGACAGGAAAAGGUAGAACGGAACCGUACAUCAUGCGAAUCAGGGCUCAAGAUGGCGGAGAGCCAGAAAUGUAUUCCGACGUGAUUUUGACGUUGUACAUCGGCGACGUGGUCAGCAACGAUGGUGUUCCCCUGUUCAUCAGGCCGACGCUCGAAGAGGUGGCUCACGUAGCUGAAAAUUCAACGAUCGGUAGCCCGGUGUUCCAAGUGGUAGCUUCUGAUCCGGACGACCCGAACUUGCCAAACGGGAAGAUCACCUUCAAGUUCUUGGAGGACGGAAAUUUCGGUAAAGACGCGAGCGCCUUUAAGAUAAAUAGCGAAACUGGCCUGAUCACUACGCGAAAGUUGCUCGAUCGUGAAGCAAAGGAUAGCUACACGUUAAUAUUAGUUGCUCAGGACCUAGGGAGUCCUCCUCAACAGGCAACCAGAGUGCUCCAAGUUAUCGUGAACGACAUUGACGAUCACAAGCCUCAUUUUAAAAGGAACUUGGACAGUCCACCGAUAGAGCUGACUAUCUUCGAAGAGAAACCAAUAGGCACCAAGGUUGGGGCGAUCGAAGCGAUCGACGAAGAUAUCGGCGAGAACGGGAUGAUCGACUACUCGAUCGUUUACGGGAACGAGGCUGGAUUGUUCGUCGUGGAGCGUCUCGGAAAUAACUCAGCCGUGAUCAAAUCCAACGGUCGUCUCGAUCGCGAGGUAGUCGAUCGUCACUUGUUGACAGUCAAGUGUUUUCCCUACACGGUCAAGAAGUCUGACAUAGUUCCGAAACCGUACAAUAGACAAGAUCCAUCCGAGAGGCAGGUGCUCAUCAGAGUCCUGGACAUCGACGACAACAAGCCCAAGUUCAAAAAGGAGAACGUAACUUUGGGCGUUCGGUUGAACGUUCCGAUCGACACUAGUCUCAUCACGCUAGAAGCCUUCGACGUCGACUCUGACGCUCUCCCCAUUAACUACAGCAUGGGGAAAGCAUCGUUCGUGUCUCUGGUGGAUCCUUCCAUGUCGAAACGCGAGAUUCCGUCUCAUCUAGCCUUGAAUCCUCAGACCGGCGAGCUGAGGACCACGGGCUCCAUGUCCAGCUACGCCGAUGGCUACAUGGAGAUCAUCGUCUCCGCCAACAAUUCCAUGACGCCAGGCAGGGAGACCAACAUCACUUUGAGGAUUUUCUUGCUGCGCGAUAGAGACAUGCUGAAGUUCGUGUUCUCCAAGCCGCCAGUCGAGGUCAGGAAGACGCUGGAGGACUUUGAAAAGGCCGUGCAACAGGCUCUGUCUCUGCCAAUCAGCGUCAACGUCUACGACACCCAAUUCUACUCGAAGGAGGACAAUUCGUUGGACUUCUCCUCAACCAGUUCCUGUUUCCAAAUGGUGGGAAAGGAGGCGUACGAUCUGGACGAGAUGAAGGCUCUCCUCAUCGAUCAGAAGAACGAGGAGCUGAAGAAGGUUUACAGAACCUACCACGUGGAGAAGGUGCAGCAUUGUGCAGCCACGGUUGCUCGCGCUGACGCCUCGAUGACGCAGAUGUGGGUCCUAGCGAUCGCGGUGCUCGUUGGGGUUGCUACGGUGGUCUCCAGUUGUGCUCUUUGCUGUAUGCACGCCAAGUACAAACGACAGGUGAAACACGCUCGUUUGCGCGAUCAGCCACGUCCGCCUUUGAGCUACGUGUCUUCCGGUCCAGGAAUGGUGAACGCUACUUCACACACAACUUUGGGGCCGGGAACUAUGGUUUCGCUAGGACCUCACGAAGGUCCUUACGAAUGGGGGGCAGAUACGACGCUCUAUCAUCCAAGUACUCUCGGAUCUAUGUCGUAAAAAAGUCUAUGAUUUGAGAAACACAACUGAUCAACUGAUCAACUGAUGAUGAAAUGAAUGUGUUGCUCAGCAAUAAGACAUAUUACCGAAUGCAUUUUUCAAAACAGAAGUAUGCAGAAUGAAAUAUUCCCGUGUGAAAUUUAUGGUUAAUGUAAAUUGCAGCAGUAUCGACGAAGAAAUAGAAUCUGCACGACUUAACAAUAACGAACACGAAUGAGAAUCAAAGAAACAGUACAACUAAUUUUAAAUUCGACAAUCUUUUCGAGACUAUUCAACUGACAAUGCCUCCUAGAGCUACUACAUGACUAUUUUAACGCGUUAAGGCUUCAAACGGAUAAGUAUUAAGAGUAACGCGCUAGAUAUUUCACUCUAGAAGUUUUAGAGUGGUGGAAUGCCAUCGAUACCGGUGAGUUUUAUUAUAAGAAAAGUGAACGAUGCGUUGAAAUCACGCGUGAUGUUUCGGUCGAUUUACGAAUAAUGAACAAUUUCGAGUGAAAAGAGGGAAAAGGCUGGAACGUGAUCGACGAAUUGUACCAUAGAUGCUCGAUGUACCACGCGCGGUGUCAUCGUGAAACGUUAGUCGACGAAUGGUGCUAUAAUGUAAGAUUGAAAUAAUCGUGCCAAAAUACGGCGAUGCGCAUAAGACAGCAUUAUUUAGUUUAAGUGGACUAACUCGCGCGAAUUGUAUAUUUCUUGAACCGUACACGAAUUCUACUCACAAACGAUCGCUAUAUUAUCGCAGAUAUACGCGUGUUCUAUUGUAAUAUAUAUAGUAUUU